AUUUGCGCAUGCGCACACUGAUGGGUAACCUGUUACCGAUCAGGUAGCGAGAGUUGAUUCUAUAGGAACAAGAACUUUUAAAUUACACUAUAUCGUGCACCAUGUGGUGAAGGAAUUUGGACAUACCCAGUGAAAAUGUCCUCUGUUGUAGUUACAAGACUCCAUCGCUAGAGAGCAGUAGACAGUAGGCCCGACCAGGGUUUGUUUACAUCUUCAACAAUGGCGACCAUCACGGAACUCAAAAGCGCCAUCAGGGACACUCUAGAGUCUCGCGGCGUUCUGCACGAGCUCAGGGCCCGCGUGCGAGCGGAAGUGUUUAGCGCCCUGGACGUGGAGCGCCAGUCGCUGCCGCCGCUGUCCCACGAAAACCUGAUCAUCAACGAGCUCAUCCGGGAGUACCUGGUGUUCAACAGGUACAGGCACACCGCCUCUGUUCUCACAGCAGAGUCAGGGCUACCUGAAGCUCACCUGGACAGACAGUUUCUCGCAGAGGAGCUGAAAGUGUCACAGGAUGCGAGCUCCAAGUCUGUACCUCUUCUGUAUGGCCUGGUGUCUCACUUCAUGAACAGCGGUGAUAACAGAGGAAGCGUGUUUCUCCAGGGAGGAGCGUCUGUAAAACCACCUGCAGGACCUCAUCAGUAAAUAUGGCUGGAGGUUUUAAGAAGCUCCGGCUGUUGAUUCCUGUUCACAUCCCAGAGAGAUUGCAGCAGAUACAUUUAAGCGUUUUAAAACGUCUCGUGUAAAGUAUUGAAUGUUGUCGUUUAUGGUUUUGUUUUAUUGGUGGAACUGGUGCUGAUGGUUUUAUUCUCAAUUGCUCAUGUUUUAAAAAUGUUUUUAUACUCACAUUUGGGAUGUUCCAAAUAAACUUUUGUGCCAAACACUAG